AUGUCAUAUCGUCCUCCGCGGGAAGGCUACCAGCCGCCAUCUCUCGGGCUCCCGGCAAAGCCUCCGCCGCCGGUUGACAAUCAUUUGUCCAAGUCGCCGGCGAGAAGACGCGAUGUGCCCCCUGCCGUGCCGUCGCCACCUUCACACUCGACCCGGACGUCACCUCCUCGGCCGCUCUCGAUUAAGAGUGUGGCGUCACCAUCAACAGCACGUCCGCCGUCGAGUCCCCAAAAACUACCGGUCGCGCGUCCCGACCAGUGGUACUUCACGCCCGACGAAGUAGCGAGCACACCCAGCAUCAUAGAUGGACUCUCUGUGUCGGAGGAGCGCCUAAGGAGGGCCAAAGGUGUUAACUUCAUCUUCCAAGCUGGCAUCAUGCUCGAUCUCCCGCAGAUUACAUUGUGGGUUGCUGGCGUCUUUUUCCACCGCUUUUACAUGCGAAGAAGCAUGGUGGAAGAGAAGGGUGGCAUCCAUCAUUACAACAUCGCUGCUACCGCGCUCUUCCUCGCGAACAAGACAGAAGAAAACUGCCGAAAAACGAAAGAUCUGAUCAUCGCGGUCGCAAAAGUCGCCCAGAAGAAUGCGAAGCUAAUCAUCGACGAACAAAGUAAAGAAUAUUGGCGAUGGCGCGACAGUAUUCUCAAUUACGAGGAAGUGAUGCUGGAACAGUUGACAUUCGAUCUAAUGGUGGGAAUUCCAUACCACCCAUUAUACGAGUUCAUUAAUACGCUGGAGCAGGACAUUCCUCUACAGCAACAAGAAAGCAGCCAACAGUCGCAAGAUGCCUCCAAGCAAAAGCAGCACCUGGUUCGCAACAAAGCCUUCCGUAACGCCGCAUGGACUUAUUGCAACGACCUGUGCCUCACAGUCUUGCCCUUGCUACUGAAUGCCCGCGACGUCGCCAUCAGUGCCAUCUUUUUCUCCGCCUCCAUUCUUAAGGAGAAAGUUGACGACGUCGACGGUGAGGCGUGGUGGAAAUACCUUAAGGGGGACGAGGGCAAGAUCUGCAUGGCUAUGGAAGUCAUUACCGAGUUCUACAAGGAGAACCCGUUGAGGAAACAGGAUAACAGGAUGUCUCCGUCUCCUACGUUCAACUUGGAGGGUACAAGGCGCAGGCUCGGAACAGCAUCAAGUCAGCAAGAGGGCGACGGCACUCCGAUGGGGACAGACCGCGGCACACAGAGUCCUAGAAGCUCCAGUGACCGCGGGCGUGCUAACGGCAACACCAACGGCACAUUGGAGGAUGAGGAGCAGAGUUCGCAGCGACAGCACAUCAAGCAGGAAGAUGGGAGAACAGCUUCGGAGGCCCAGAACGGUUCAACAAUAAAAUAUUCUUCAGAGGCAAAGGCAUCUUCGCUCAUCAAGAGCGAACCGGACAGCGCUACUUCUGGUCUCGAUGCAAGGACAGAGCAGGCGCCGGAGGCAUCUUUCCAGUCGGAGAGAGGAGAUUCCGAUGCGUCACUAAAAGAGGCCGCCAAUAACUUGGCGAUACACAAUGGAAGGCCAGGCGACAGCGGACUACGGUCUCCUUCCGGAGCGAAGCGUAAGAACUCCGUGUCUGAGCCGGCGGCGGAAGGCGAACCGGAGAGGAAGCGGACUCGGACCGUUGCGAGCGAUGAGGAUGAAGGGGAGAUCAGCGGGAAUUAA